AUGGGAUUAGGUUUAAGUAGUGAUCCAUCACCUCCAACAUUUCCGCUUUAUGGCCAGAAUCAGUACGAUAGUCUUAGUUCCUUUACCAUCCAUGGACAAACGUAUCAGAUCAUAACCGUAAUUGGUCACGGUGGUGAAGCAAUUGUUUAUCUCUGUACAGAUUCGUACGGAUAUCAAUAUGCUGUUAAAGUAUUUGAUUUUUCACAUAUACCUUAUUCAGGUUUAGUAAAACGUGUUGAAAAAUUCUCGAAAGAAGGACGAAUUCUACAAUUACUCGGUAUGAGAUCAAAAUAUUUUAUUAGAGUAGUUGAUUAUGACUAUGUUCCAAGUGAAAAACGGGCAUAUCUGGUUAUGGAGUUAGGAAGUGGUAGUUUGAGACAAUAUUUACAAGGAAGACCACUGGAGGAGCCGUAUCGAAAAAUCUAUUGGAGACAAAUCGUAUCAAUUAUUAGAACGUUAGAAGAGGCAAAUAUAGUACAUGGUGAUAUUAAACCAGAAAAUUUAAUUCUAGUCAAUGAUACAUUGAAAGUAACAGAUUUGGGAUUGGCAUUUCGUUUAGCAUCAACAAGAACAUCGGUGAAAAGACCCGCUGCAAGAGGAACACUAGAUUACAUGGCACCGGAAGUAUUAACGAAACGUUAUGGUUACAAGGCGGACGUUUAUUCAGCUGGAUGUAUCCUGUAUGAAAUGACGUACGGAGCACCACCAUAUUCACUAAUUUUUGAUCGAUUUGAAAAAAUAGAAGCACUUCGAUAUGGUUUUCCCAUUCAAUACGCACCCAUAGCCGAACCGUCAUUGAUAAAUUUAAUUCAGCUAUGUCUACAAUAUGAUAGCAGACUAAGACCAAAUGCCCAGCAACUAAAAUAUCAUUCCUACACAAGAAGAUAA